CGACUGGUGGCCUUAGUGCCCAUGCCCAGUGACCCUCCAUUUAAUACCCGAAGAGCCUACACCAGUGAGGAUGAAGCCUGGAAGUCGUAUUUGGAGAACCCCCUGACGGCGGCCACCAAGGCCAUGAUGAGCAUCAACGGUGAUGAGGACAGCGCUGCCGCCCUUGGCCUGCUGUAUGACUACUACAAGGUUCCUCGAGACAAGAGGCUGCUGUCUGUAAGCAAAGCAAGUGACAGCCAAGAAGACCAGGAUAAAAGAAACUGUCUUGGCACCAGUGGAGCCCAGAGUAGUUUGAGUGGAGGAGAAAACCGAGUGCAGGUCCUAAAGACUGUUCCAGUGAACCUUUCCCUAAAUCAAGACCACCUGGAGAAUUCAAAACGGGAACAGUAUAGCACGAACGUCUCUGAGAGCCCAGCCGUCAUCCCCAUGGCGGGAAUCACAGUGGUGAAGGCCGAAGAUUUCACACCGGUUUUCACGGCCCCACCUGUGCACUAUCCCCGGGGAGAUGGUGACGAGCAACGCGUGGUUAUCUUUGAACAGACUCAGUAUGGCGUGCCGUCCGUGGCCAGCCAUAGCACCUACCUCAAGGAUGAUCAGCGCAGCACCCCGGACAGUACUUACAGCGAGAGCUUCAAAGACGGAAACACAGAGAAAUUUCGGAGUGCUUCAGUUGGGGCUGAGGAGUACAUGUAUGACCAGACAUCAAGUGGCACAUUUCAAUACACCCUGGAAGCCACCAAAUCUCUCCGUCAGAAGCAGGGGGAGGGCCCCAUGACCUACCUCAACAAGGGACAGUUCUAUGCCAUCACGCUCAGCGAGACGGGGGACAACAAGUGCUUCCGACACCCCAUCAGCAAAGUCAGGAGCGUGGUAAUGGUGGUCUUCAGUGAAGACAAAAACCGGGACGAGCAGCUGAAAUACUGGAAGUACUGGCAUUCUCGACAGCACACAGCCAAGCAGAGGGUCCUCGACAUCGCUGAUUACAAGGAGAGCUUUAAUACGAUUGGCAACAUUGAAGAGAUUGCAUAUAAUGCUGUUUCCUUCACCUGGGACGUGAAUGAAGAAGCUAAGAUUUUCAUCACUGUGAAUUGCCUGAGUACAGAUUUCUCCUCCCAAAAAGGAGUGAAAGGACUUCCUUUGAUGAUUCAGAUUGAUACAUACAGUUAUAAUAAUCGUAGCAAUAAACCCAUUCAUAGAGCUUAUUGCCAGAUCAAGGUCUUCUGCGACAAAGGAGCAGAAAGAAAAAUCCGAGACGAAGAGAGGAAGCAGAACAGGAAGAAGGGGAAAGGCCAGGCCUCCCAAGCCCAGUGCAACAACUCCUCUGAUGGGAAGUUGGCGGCGAUACCGUUACAGAAGAAGAGUGACAUCACCUACUUCAAGACAAUGCCUGAUCUGCACUCCCAGCCCGUGCUCUUCAUACCCGAUGUUCACUUUGCAAACCUGCAGAGGACAGGACAGGUGUAUUACAACACGGACGAUGAACGAGAAGGCAGCAGUGUCCUUGUGAAACGGAUGUUCAGGCCCAUGGAAGAGGAGUUUGGUCCAGCUCCUUCUAAGCAGAUGAAGGAAGAAGGGAUGAAGCGAGUGCUUUUGUACGUGAGGAAGGAGACGGACGACGUGUUUGACGCCUUGAUGUUGAAAUCCCCCACCGUGAGAGGCCUGAUGGAAGCGAUAUCUGAGAAAUAUGGGCUGCCCGUGGAAAAGAUAACAAAGCUUUACAAGAAAAGCAAAAAAGGCAUCCUGGUGAACAUGGAUGACAACAUCAUCGAACACUACUCGAAUGAGGACACCUUCAUCCUCAACAUGGAGAGCACGGUGGAAGGCUUCAAGAUCACGCUCACGGAGAUCUGA